UUCCAUACAUCAUGCCGGCCACGUUACAAAUCUAUCGAUACUGUACAUGCAUGCUUUGUGAGACGGUGAACCUGCUGGUGUUAAGUCACAAACACUAAGUUGUCCAAAAAAUUGCACAUUUGUUUAUCUUGGAGGAAGCAUGCAAGUUAGGACUAAAUUCCCUAGAUACUCAAAGGAGCAUUACUACUAUGCUGAUCUAGAGAAUAUAGAUUUGUCAAAACUAUCAGAAAAGGAGAGAUGGAGGAUAGAACACCAGCGGUUACAUGAAAAACACAAAGGCCAUGAGGCCAUGCAUGCUGAAAUGGUGCUCAUCCUCAUUGCCACAUUGGUGGUCGCUCAGAUACUGCUUGUACAGUGGAAACAACGCCAUUUUCGAUCCUAUGAAAGAGCAACUCUAAUAGGGAUGUGGAUCAUACCAAUUGGAUUCUGUAUUAAGUUUUCCUGGUUACGAUUUGUUGUUAUAUGGGGUAUAUUCUCCUUGAUAACAGGAUUUGUAACAUUUAGAGCUACGAGGAAACCUCUUCCUGGCAAUACGCCAAGAUUAGUUUACAAAUGGUUCAUAAUGAUCCACAAAGUGAGUUACUUUGCGGGAGUGACAGGCUAUAUGAUCAUUAUGCUGACAUUGUUAGGACUGAACCUUUUACUCCUCAUCAAACCUAAUGUAUCCAUGGACUUUGGACUGUUACUUCUCUUCUAUGGACUUUACUUUGGUGUUGUGUCGCGGGAUUUUGCUGAAGUCUGCUCAGAUACUAUGGCUGCACAUAUAGGGUAUUACUCAACAACAGGUCUGCCAGGAAAGCGACUAGACCCAAACGUAUGUGGAGUGUGUGGAAAUCCAAUUAUGGUGCUAAAUAAUGAAGAUGCCAUUAUUGAAGAAACAUGUAAACUAGGAUGUAACCAUAUAUUCCAUGAGUUUUGUUUAAGAGGCUGGUGUAUUGUAGGUAAAAAACAGACAUGUCCAUACUGCAAAGAGAAGGUGGACCUGAAGAGGAUGUUCCCGAGUCCAUGGGACCGUCCACAUAUGAUGUAUGGCAACCUUCUAGAUUGGAUUCGUUACCUUGUUGCUUGGCAACCAAUCAUUAUAAUGGUAGUUCAGGGUAUAAACUGGGCCCUUGGGCUGGAGUAGACUAUUUAUUCCAAAAGUGUGAAAAUAUGGAUGUAAAUGUAUGUGAUCUCAUUGACCAAUGAUAUAUAUAAUACUUGUGUUGUACAUGUUUUUUUUGUUUUUUUUUUUUUUCAAAAUAUAA